AUGUUGCUUUUGCUUCUUCUCAUCCCCAUCGUUAUGGCAGAUUCAUUUUGGAUGACCGCCGAUUUGCUGGGAGUGGACUGGAGUGAAGGAUGUCUAACCAAGUCCGGUUGUUCUCAUCCCAGAUUAGACAUACUUGGAGAUCUGCUCCCACUCACUGAGGAGAUCUCCAUCAGUUGGCCUAUUUCUGAGCAUUUCGUGCAGGACACCUCGCGCUCAUUCGUAUCCCACUGGGCGAAAGGCAAGCCGGAAGAUCUGAAGCUCAGAUGCCAGGUGGUUGGCACCGAUCCGCUCUAUGAAUUUCCACGAGUCUGUGACCAUACCUCGUCAGUCCGCGCUUUUCCUGACGGAAUGGAAAAAAUAUUGGAACGGAAACGACGUCAAGCGACGAUCACGACCACUCCAUUGCCAGAAGAGGAACUGGGCAAGAGGCUGAUUGAAAUUCGGGCCAGAUGUUUCAACGCCACCGUAGCGGUGGAGAAACACACAGAGAGAUGUCCAUGGUGCCCAGACUUAUCGGAUGUGGCGCUCAUCGAGCAAAGGGUUAGUCAGUAA